AUGAGUAAAAGUGACCCUAGUUUACGUACAAAACGAGCUUAUUCUUUAGCAGCUCAGCUAAAAAAUAUUGGACCAACAAGUAACGCAAAAACUAAAUUUAUUCUUGAAUCAACACCGUUUGAUAAUGAAGAUGAAACACCACCAUCAGGUGAUUGGAUUAUAACUGGUCGACUAUUACCAAAUUGUGAUAUUUAUAAAGACGGCUCCAUUCGAAUUCAAUUAAUAAUAGGACCAGAAUAUCCAUUUAAAGCACCAAAAGUAUUAAUAAGAAGUCCAAUAUAUCAUCCUAAUAUUGAUCGAAAUGUCUGUCUUGAACUCUUGAGUAAUAUUACAUCAUGGACACCAACAACAAGUUUUAUUUCUAUUAUUGAGGAAGUAACCAAAAUUAUCGAUGAACCUAGUAAUGAUAAUAUUAAACAUCCUGAAGCGGCUAGUUUAUUUAACACUAAUAGAAAAGAGUAUGAACGUAUUGCAUCAGAAACGUUUAAAAAGCAUUUUUUACCACGAAAUUAA